UCGGCUCCACUCGCUCCGACUCUUCCCGGAGAUUCUUCGUGUGGUUCCGCUCCUCCGGUUCCUCCUGAUCCCGGGACUAGUGAUGUGGCUGUGGCCCCUGAGCCUGUUGCUGGGGGCGGCGCUGGUGCUGCUCCUGGGGCCCCGCUGGCAGUGGCUGAGGUUCCAGGCGGAAGAUUUGCGCUUCUGGUUCCGGGCGGCGCAGUUGAAGCGCAGGGUGCGGAGCUGGAUGGGGCGCGGGGCCGUGUCUCUCCCUCAGCUUUUCCUCCAGCGGGUUCGGAGGCGCCCGGAUCAGAUUUUCCUGCGGUACCGGGAGCAGAACGUCACUUACAGGAACGUGUGGGAUCAGAGCCAGAGACUGGCCCGGGCUCCACUGGGAUUGGCCCCUGGGGACACUGUGGCCCUUCUGCUCGGCAAUGAGCCCCGAUUUCUGGCCGCCUGGUUCGGAUUGGCCCAACUGGGGGUGGUGUCCGCCUUCCUCAACACCAACGUGCGGAAAGGGGCCCUAAUGCACUGCCUGGGGGCCAGCGGGUCCCGCGGACUCAUCACUAGUCCAGAACUAUUUGAGGCCGUCCAGGAGAUCCUGCCGGAGCUGAGGGAGAUGGGGGUGAAGGUUUGGGUGAUGGGGGGCGGAGACUUCCCUGAUGACAUCAUUAACCUGCAGCAGCUCAUGGAUGAGACCACCGGGGACCUCCCACCCCAGGCCCCCAUCAGACCAAUGGACACGGCCAUCUAUAUCUUCACUUCUGGGACCACAGGGUUGCCCAAAGCCGCUCGGAUCAGUAACCUGAAGACCCUCAUGUGCUGCAACUUCUACCACUUGUGUGGGGCGGGGGCUGAUGACAUCAUCUACAUGUCCCUCCCCCUCUACCACAUGUCGGGGGCCCUGCUGGGCAUUGGGGGCUGCAUUGGUGUAGGAGCUUCGCUGGUCUUAAAGGAGAAAUUCUCUGCCAGUCAGUUCUGGAGCGACUGCCACAAACACAACGUCACCAUCUUCCAAUACAUCGGCGAACUGUGCCGCUACCUCACCAACCUGCCCCCGUCGGACAAUGAGACUGGGCACCGGGUACACUUGGCUGCAGGGAGUGGGCUGCGUCCGGAUGUUUGGCGAGAUUUCAGCCGCCGCUUUGGGAACAUCCGAAUCUUCGAGACUUACGGGAUGACGGAGUUCAGCAUCAGCUUCUUCAACUACACGGGCACCCCGGGGGCAGUGGGACGGGGCUCCUUCCUAUACAAGUGUUUUUGCCCCUUUGAGUUGAUCCGAUUUGAUACAGACAAGAAUGAGGCCGUGCGAGACGCUACUGGGAGGGGCCUGCGAGUGGCCACAGGAGAACCCGGACUCCUCAUCUCUCCCAUCACACCAACCUCUCCCUUUCUGGGGUACGUGGGUAGCCGGGAGUUGUCAGAGAAGAAGCUUCUGAGAGACGUCUUGAAACCUGGGGACUGUUACUUUAACACUGGGGACCUGAUGGUUCAGGACAGUCUGCAAUGUGUCUAUUUCCGUGACAGAACAGGAGACACUUUCAGGUGGAAGGGGGAGAACGUGGCAACCACAGAGGUGUCUGAGAUCCUGACUGGCCUGGACUUCUUCCAAGAAGUAAAUGUGUACGGUGUGACAAUCCCAGGGCACGAGGGUCGGGCAGGAAUGGCUGCUGUAACCCUGCGUCCCGGCACUGACCUGGAUCUGGGCAGAAUAUAUAAAUACAUAAUGGAGUUCCUGCCCUCGUAUGCCCGGCCUCGCUUCCUGCGGAUCAUGGAUUCAAUGGAGGCCACAGGGACGUUUAAGCAGCAGAAAACAAAACUUGUGCAAGAAGGCUUCUCCCCCUCACUGAUUGCCGACCCUCUGUAUGUCCUGGAUGAGACCUCUCGCUCCUACCUGCCGCUUUCCCAAGACCUCUAUUCCCAAAUUAUCUCCUCCCAGUUCAGACUGUGAGACCUCUGCCGAGGCUUCUGCCCAAACAACUCACAAAUCCAGAGGGGCAGCGGUGCCGGGAACCUACUGUUCCUUUGGAGCCCUCUGGACUUUCUGGGUGGAAUGGACCAGAGUAGAAUCUGCAUUAGAUGUUUUACACAAAUUAACUGAAGUAAAUUGGACGAGUAUAGUUCUGGUUCCUUGGGGGCGGGGUCACGGGCUAAGCCGCUAAACUGUCCCUAUAAUUAUGAUAUUUUGGGAUAUGAUACAUUCCAGGAAUAUUCCAGACCCAAAUAUCUGGUUCUUCUCGUGCCUAAAGUAGACUUAGAAGGGACAGGAAUGAGCCCAACUACUAUUUGUGAGUUUCAUCCCUCCAUGGACCUUACCUAGAGUUGCCUCCUGAUGUCAUAUUCAUUAUGCUAUGGGGGGACAGAUCAACAAAUAAAAUGAUGAUGUCAUCAAAAGAGGUCAAUGGAGGAAUGGACCCCCCAAACAGUCAGGGGACCAUGAAAAUGUCUUGGAGGCCAUGUCCAUCCAUCAGGUCUCUAGUUGGACAACCUUGGCCCUAGGGAAAUAACUGGAAGAAAAUCUGCUGAACUGUGUUCGUUGUUUGUGGGGAGGAGAAUGAACUGAUGUCACUCACAGUAGCAGAGGGUUGUACAAUAGCUGAGUCAUGUGAUACAAAUUGUGUUUUUGUCGCAAACCUGCCUCAAAGUGAUGAAUGAGCCAAUAAGAGCUCCUUCACAGGUGGUUCUGAAGGUCCGUCCGUGAAAUACAGGGUUUUAUAUUUUUAUAAUAAUAGAUUUCGGUUUCCUUUUCAUAUAAAUCUUUUAUGGACAGUUUCUAUUUUGAUACUUUUUCUUAGAUGUAAUAAAUCAGUGGAAAUUC